AUGGCUAAAACUACCGCCUCGAUGAGCUUCCGGGUUGCUGCUCGACAAGAUUCCGGAGUUCAGAGGUGGAGUCGAGUUGGUGGAUCCACCACUUUCCUCUGGUGGACUCAACAGAGGGGCUCAGGGCAGAGGCGGCGGUGGAAAGGAGCUGAGAUAGCUCCGGGUGCAGGUGGCGAGGGCGGAGGUGACAGGGAGCGGAGGUGGAAAUGGGCAGAGACGGAGGUUCUUCGGUGGCGAGGAGCGGAGGAUUUGUCUGCUGUUCGAGUCGGAGGCGGGGCGUCGAACCUUUAUGUCGGAGCCUCGGAGGUGAGGCGGGUCUUAGAGGCAAGGCGAGGAGCGACCGGAGCUUUUGGGUCGGACUUCGGAGGUGAGGCGUCGAGCGGUCGAGGCGCGAAGAAGAGGCUUUGUCGGACUUCGCGAGUGUGUACUGUGUCGAGAGGCUCAAGACGCCGGACGGCCGGAGAGAGCGACUGUGAGAGAGAGGCGACGAGUGAUGGAGUGAGUAGGGUUGGUGCGGUUGUGGCUGUGCGAGAGCGAGAUGCAAAGGGACAGAAAUUUCUCUUUUCUCAAACCUAA